AUGCCUCAAGACUUGCGGCCCGCCAUCAUUGGCGUCAAUACGACCUUCAUCUUCCUUACCCUAGCGGCUAUUGGCUGUCGUGUUGCCAGGAAGUUUCGUAUGCUGAGCAGUUUCAGCUGGCAUGAUGGUCUUGCUGCUUUCGGAGCACUCUGCGCCAUCAUCUUCUCGAUACUACAGAUAGUCGGUACACGUUAUGGCGGCGGUGUGCCCAUGGCACAAGUCCCAUCUGAAACAGUAACACCCUUUUUUAAGCUGGUCAUGGGCUCGCUGUUCUUCUACUUCUUGUGCAACUGGGCCGUCAAGCAUUCACUGCUUUUCUUCUACUCGGAGCUUACUUUCGAACGCUGGCACCGCCAAUUCAUCUACAUCAUGCACGCUUUGGCUUUUGGAUUUGGCCUGUCGUGUUGCAUCAUCGGCAUCUUCCAAUGCAUUCCCGUCCAAAAGUUGUGGGACAACAGUCUCGAAGGACAUUGCAUCGACGCCGCAGCAUUCGGCUACUACAACGCUAUCUUCAUGCUUCUCAACGACAUUGUCCUCUAUAUUAUGCCAGUAAUAUUUACCUGGAACGUUUCCCUACGCCGCUCGCACCGCAUUGCCGUAAACUUUCUGUUUGCACUCGGCGGCCUAGUGCUAGCCGCCAGUGCUGUACGUGUGUACCUUACGGAUCAGCAAUUCAAGAAUCCCGACUUUACUCUCCGCUACCCCUCGGCUAUGAUCUGUGCCGUGAUUGAAAAUCACCUUGCCGUCAUCGUCUCCUGCGCGCCUAAUAUCAAAGCCGUCCUGCUGCACUUCUGCCCGGGCCUGUCUACCAAGUUCGACAAGAUGGUCAGCAAAAGCGAUGCCCAGCGGUACAGGUACAAAGGCGGCUACCGAAGCAACCGCUCUGCUACUCUCGAUAUCGCAGCCUCAGGAAUCGUCGAGAUGAAGGACGUCGAGGUCAGGGUCGAGAAACCCAUGCUACCCAGCUUUUUGUCGACGGACGGAAGUACCAAAAGCGGAAAGGAUGGAAAGAGCAAGGAUCAGUGGUGGCGGGCACCUAAUAAUUGGGCUAUUGAGUCCACGACGACUACCGUUACGUCUUCUUCUCAAACAUGA